AUGGAUCCUGAGACCCCUUCAACGACCUCCACGAGGCCGCCACCAUUGAACUCAGAUCAACUCAACUAUCUUAUAUGGAGAUAUCUUCAAGAAGCUGGCUAUGGCGAGGCUGCAGUCAAGCUUCAACGCGACUGGAACGUCGACGCCGAACAACUCCCCUUUGCGCAUCACAUCAAAGGUAGAGCUUUGAUCAAUCUUGUCCAGAAAGGCCUGCGCUAUCAUCACCUGUCGUUAACAAUAGAUGAGCAGGGGCGUCCUGCAGGAGAAUUGAGUCCAUCACGAUUUUUUUUCGGUCCUGAGAGCGAAAGAUCUGUGCAAGAAGUCCGAGACAGCGCACGACCACAAUCUACGGGUCCGCAACCAUCUCCGCCGGCCUCUCUUGUGCCUCUGAAGCGAGAUGCACCGCCAAACGGGGUUUCGGAAUUGUUGCCCCAGCCAGCUCCAAAGAAAAGUAGAAAGACUGCUGCUCCCACAAGUGAACGCAACGGAUCUGUUGGCCGCAAACCAGCGCCAACCAGCACCACUCUUGUCACCAACAUCGAAUUAAAUGCACCCAAUGGGCACCCAGCCUCUCACGAUGGUCGAUCACCUUCCGCGACCGAGCCUCCUGGUCCAGAGGAUAUAGCUGCCGCAAUCAAUGGUGUUCAUGGCGACGAUCGCAUGGAUGUCGAUUCCGAUGGUGAGCAGCAAAGAGAAAUUCCUCCCGAGCCUGUGAUAUUACACACCCUGGUGAACGGGGAAAGUCGUGCCGUGCAAGUCGAACCAGCUGAGGUGACAGACCUCGCAGAUUCCACGACUAUCUUUGGACUCGAUUACACGAAUCUGGCACAGGUCCUAUGGCGUCCAAACGAUACGAGCCUACUCACCGGUCGUAGUGACACAGUAUGUGGAUUGUGGAGGCUGCCAGAAUCCUCGCAGAGUCCUCCAACCACUUUUCAGGAACUCAUCAAAAUCCCGCCCCCGAGCGAAACUUGCGUCACAGCUGUUGCAUGGGCGCCAUCCGGCGCGAUGCUCGCUAUUGCCGUGUCGACACCCACUGGCGGCGAGGUUCAUGUCUACGAUGGAAGCAGCUUUGGCUUAGUCGAGAUCUUGAGCGCCUCACAACGCAUCGUCAUGCGCUUGCAGUGGCAGAGAGAUGGCACGCGGCUUGUUGGAGUUUCGCGCGACGCGAGCACAGAAUCGACAAUAAUGCAGUGGAGCAUCUCAGCCGGAGGAGGAAUGAACCAAUACCCCCUCACAGUGACUGUUCCAGAAACACUGGAAGAUAUCGAUUGCGCCGUGUUCGAGAAUCAGGCUUUUGUUUGCGCCUCUGGUGGCCGGGUUGUAUAUCAUUUGCGAGCUUACGCUGAGCUUGAGGUGGAACAGAAGUUUUGGUCGAAUUCCGCGACGGGGAACGAGAAUUGGGCCUUUGUCAAGUGCGCCUGGCAAAGCGCGAACGAAUCUUUGAUUGUGGCAGCUUCUGACGAGAGUGGACGAAUUUGGCUACCGUCACGGGAUCUUGUCCACGAGGCGCACCACGCUCCCAUCACAGGUCUACAAAUCCGGCCACGCCUUGCAAAGGGCCGACAAGCUCUGUCUACAACUGAAUUUGCGACUUGCUCCGUCGAUGGCACGAUCAGAGCCUGGAGCUAUAGCGAAACACAAAACAAUAUCACAACCCUCUGCAAGCUCACCUUGGGCUACAGCCAGCCUCUGAAAGCGCUGUCUUACUCGCCCGACGGGUUUUGCUUGGCAGGCGCGAGCUACGCUGAUCUACGAAUCUGGAAUGCUGAACACCGCUACAACCUGAUGGCUUCGUGGCAAGCCCCUGCGUCCGGCUGGGAUGGAGAUGCAAUCAAAGAUAGAGACCUGGUCAGCAAUGAUGCAGCCUCGAGUCUGAACGGGGACUCGACAGCCGUCGAGCAUUCACUUUCUUGGGAUGCAGACAGUAUGAGAGUGGCAUUCUCUUUGGCCUCACAGGUGGCCGUCAUCAAGUUCCAGAGAUGA